UCUUCUUCAAACAACAAUUUUGUUCAGUUAAACAAAUAUAUUUUUGACAUUUGAGUUUUCAUAAAAUCAAUGAUUUAGUUGUAAAUUUUGAUUUGUAACAAUUGAGUCCAAAAAAAUUCAAAAUUAUAGGUUGUAUUUGGUAAUUUUUUGUUUUGGUUUUUGAAAAUUAAGCAUAUUUCUUCCCCAUUUCUUAUAAUAUUUGCAUUUUUGUUAGGUACAGUAGUUAAAUUUUUAGUCAAAUGUCAAAACAAAAGUUACUUUUUUUAGUUUUUAAAAUUUGACUUGGAUUUUUAAAUAAUUGGUAAAAAACGUAGAUAAUAAAGGAAUAAAUUCGGAGGUGAAAGCAAUAUCUAUAGACUUAAAUUUCAAAAACACAAACAAAAAAACAAAAUUGUUACAAAACGGGAGAUUAAUAAUUGUUACAAAACGAGAGAUUAAUAAUUUAGUUAUAAUACAAGAACUAAAUAAAUAAUUAUUAAAGUAGAUGAAAUAAGAUGUUAUAAAUAUAAAAAUAUAUAGAUUUAGUUGUUACAUGUUAAAGUUUGCGGGAGAAAAUGGUUACUAAGCUCAAGGAAAAUCAUUACUCUAAAAAGUUUAAUCUAAAUUGGUUUAAAACAGUAAUGAUAAUAAUUGAAGUUUCAUUUAAUCGUUAUUUAAUUUUGACUUAAAAGUUUUUAAAAUUAAAUUUAAAAUACUACCACCACAUUUUAUUUAAGAAUUUAAAUAUUAGGUCCAAUGGAUGGAUGAGAGGUGGACGUAGUGGAACGAAAUUUUGCAUACUUUUGAAAUUUGAGAUCUUGUUAACAUUUUAUUUAUAUGAUAUUCGUGUGAAAUUACUAAAAUAGGCUUUCUGUUGUCGUUCUCCAAGCUCUCUAUUUCUCGUGUCUCACUCUCUCGAUGGGCGAUGCCUAACUUCGAUCUCCCCUCAUUUUUACAAUAUUUUGAUGGCAACACCUUUGCAAUGUUCUGAUGGGUGACAACAAAUGGAGAAAGAGAAAAAAAGAAUGAUGGAAGAGAAAUCGAGAAAAGGAGUAAGAAGAAGAGUGAAAAAGAAAAUUAAGAGUAAUUUUGUAAGGUAAAAACUGAUUUUUAAAAUUAGGUCUAUUAUACAAUUAUAUUUUAAAAUAUUCCAAUAGAUAGCACAUUUCAAUCAACACGAAAACACUCUGGAAUAUAUUUAAUAUACAUAUCUGAGGCGGGAAUUUGUGAAUCGCUCACCGCCGUGCAAGCCAUCGCUUCAUCUGAAACUCGAGCAAUUUCUUCGUCGGCGAUGAUUAUUAAAGCUUCACAGACGCGUACUAUUCGUCCUCUGUUUUUCUGCAACCAAUUUCUGACUUUAUCGUGCCGUCGGUUCAUCUCGGGCGAAGACUUCUGACCAUAGAGAUCGAAAUUUCUAGGGUUUGGAUAGCCUUAUGCUACAAAUGACGAAACCUUCAUUUAAUUAUGGCCUCAGUUUUGACUGUUCAAAUAGAGUUUAUGAAGAGUCAAAGAGUCAAGUCUAUGUAAUGGCUGGUCAAUUGGGCGUAAAUUGGAUCUCUCCAAUUCAUCGACCCGUAUUUUCCCCAUAGACUGCGUUGUAAAUUUCUGGAGGAUGCCCCCACCUUGAUUUUUAUUCUAUUCCCGUUCAGUUUCUUCGAGAUUUCCGUACCUGACUGGAAACCCUAGAAAUCAUAAACAACUCGGAGAGGUAGAUUUGAGGUAGAUUUGGGGAUCGAGGUAGAUUUAUGAAUACCGAAUUCCAUAUGGGGUUAUUCUGUUUCGUUUUGUCAUUUCUUCUCGCUCAGCUAGUUGAACUUUCGUUGGCUAUGAAUGAUAGCAGUUACGUUCAUCCAUUUUGCCCGUCCUUCGAAUGUGGAAAUCUGGGCCUCAUAAGAUUCCCCUUUAACAACAUGUCGCUCACUGGUUGCGGAUUAUACACUGUUAACUGCUCAGGACAGCCAAAAAUCCAGCUGAGACGUGAAGAAGAACUAUGGUUUGAUGUUGUUGCCAUAUCUCAAGCUAAUGUCAUCCAUAUCAAUGAUUCAGAACUAAAGAAGCGAAUAAAUUCUCGCAAUUGUUCUAUUAUAGACGAUCUGGCUCUUCCAGCCUCUCCUUCGUCUUCUUUAUCCACAGAUAAUAAUCUUACUUUGUAUAAUUGCACAGAUAAACCUAAAGAUGCUAUUCCUCUUUUCAUAAGUUCAUUUAGUUGCUCUGGUUAUUACACAUACCUCGACCCAAAUAUUCCACCACCCAAGUGUCCCUCUUCCCAGUCUAAAAUUUUUGUUCCAGUUCGCCCGGUUGGUGCUAAUAACUCAGCUGUUGAGUUUACUUCUGAUUUCCAACUUCAAGUGACCGUAUCCACUCCUUGUCAUCAAUGUUUUUAUAGAGGAGGCCAAUGCUCGGAUUCCCAGGGAUACUUCGUUUGUAAAGAUGGAAACACAAAAACAAGAAAAGAUAAGCACAGGAAUUUGUGGAUAGCACUAGGUGUUGCAUUCUCAGUUGUAAUUCUGCUUUUGUUGUUAUUUGCUCUUUGGUACCGUAGAAGAAGGCAUGCUGCUCCAAAUAUCCUAACAAGGAAUAUAUCUUGUGAACCCUACUCAAAAUUCGACUUGGAUGAUGGUGGUGGUGUGUGCUUUGAAGUCCCUGUUUUCUCAUAUGUCGAACUCGAAGCGGCAACUAACAAGUUUGAUCGUGAUAAAGAACUUGGAGAUGGUGGUUUUGGAACCGUGUAUCACGGCAAACUCCACGAUGGCCGGGAAGUUGCUGUGAAACGCCUUUAUCAACAUAACUAUAGACGAGUAGAGCAAUUCAUGAAUGAGGUUAAAAUUCUCACCCGCCUUCGCCAUAAAAAUCUUGUCUCCCUUUAUGGAUGUACUUCAAGACGCAGUCGUGAACUUCUCCUUGUUUAUGAAUUUGUCCCAAAUGGUACUGUUGCUGAUCAUCUCCAUGGAGAACAAGCAAGUCCUAGCUUGCUCACGUGGCCUAUACGGAUGAACAUUGCCAUUGAAACAGCAAGUGCUUUAGUUUAUCUCCAUGCUUCGGAUAUCAUUCAUCGUGAUGUGAAGACUACUAACAUUCUCUUAGACAACAAUUUUUCUGUCAAAGUUGCUGAUUUUGGGAUCUCUAGAUUAUUCCCAAACCAUGUUAGUCAUGUCUCAACUGCUCCUCAAGGGACCCCUGGUUAUGUGGAUCCCGAGUAUUACCAGUGUUAUCAGCUUACGACCAAGAGUGAUGUUUAUAGUUUUGGUGUCGUAUUAAUCGAGCUUAUAUCGUCAAUGCCAGCUGUUGAUAUAACAAGGCAUCGGCAUGAGAUUAACUUGUCUAACUUAGCUGUGAACAAAAUUCUAAGACAGGAAAUUGAUGAGCUGAUCGAUCCUUGCCUCGGGUAUCAAUCGGAUGAAAAUGUUCGGCGGAUGAUAAUGGCCAUGGCUUGGCUAGCUUUUCUUUGUCUGCAGCAAGACAAGGAAAGAAGACCUACAAUGGAAGAAGCGCUGGAAACUUUGAAGAGGAUUGAGAGUGGGGAAGAAAGUGAGAAUUUGCAGGAUAAUAGUGCACUGUUGAAAAGCUUUGAUCCAUCUCCUUCUCCAGAGUAUGAUGAGAUUGAGUUGUUGAAAAACAAGAGGCAGCAGUUGUCCCCUACUUCUGUUGCUGAUAAAUGGAUCAGCUCAACUUCAUUUGUUAGUGCUUCAACUUCAAUAUCAUCCAUCUCCUAAUUCUUUUUUUCUUUUCUUUUUUGUUUUAAUGAUAGAAGUUCAGAAUCAGAUUAUGAGAGUUUAGGAAAGAAAUAAAUCACUUGGCUUCUUUUAAAAUACAUAUAUAUAUAAAUAAAUGUUAUAUGUCUGAAUGAUUUUUUUUUUUUUUUUGUAAUUACAUACAGGAUAGGGAAUGUAAACAUGAAUGGUUGAAAGUUACUCAGCUCUAGAAAGAGAAACAUUUUUAUACUUUUUUUUUCUUUGGGCUUUUACUUUUUUGGGCCUGGUAGCCCAAUGAUAAGAAUGAAGCAUUGACCACAACUUUGUGUUCAGUGGAUGCAAAA